AUGGAAGGAGACACGGACGUGGCGAGCAGCGAGAAGGAGAAUCUGGGGACCGUUGCCAAUGAAGAGGACCCUGGCAUGCAAGGCAUCAGCGGCCAAGACCAUCCAAUGCCCAAGGCACCUCCUGCUUCCAGUUACAGGCGCUGCCCAGGGGCCCACCCUGGAGCGCAGCAAUCAGGUUGUGACAGGGGGUGGCAACAGCUCCUGCAGUAUCGCGCGGAGCCACACCGGCGCAUCUUGGGCGCGGACAUUGCACACGUCGAGUAUGCCAAGGCCAUCAUCAGCAGCCGGCCUGCUCCCCAGGCUAAGCAGCAGCAUGGCCAUGCCGUGCUGACAUUCCUGUGGAUUGUAGAGGCUGUUGGGAUCGCCAUAAUCGCGCAGCAAUUCGUCCUGAAGCUCAAAGACCAGCCAGAUGGGGCACUUGAGAUUGUCUCAACCCCGGCCAUCAACACGGUGUUUGCUUCGCUGUCCUGGAUCGCUCUCACAACCUGCAUUGCUGUCUAUCUCAUGCGCUGCCGCACAGCCAGAAGACAGGGCAAGCGAUGGAGGCUGAGGAGGAAGAAAUUGGCCAUUCUGCUCUUCACAGAGUUGGUCGCUCAGUGGAUCAACGUCACAUUCUUCCUCAUACCCAACGUGUACCUGCUGGCGCAGCCAUGCGACCUGUUCCAUAACCUUAUCCCCUACUGCGCGAUGAUUCGCUGGACUUGCUGGAACUCAAUCUUCCUCAUAACCAUCAUCCAGGCCCACAACAGCAAGCCCUACUGGAAAGGAGAGGGCGUUCGAGACAUUCCAGACUAUGGCGAAUUUCUGGAGGACUGCCGAUUCCACAGGGAGCGCAUCCGGUGCCCGACUGGCAGCCUCCAACUGGGCAUGACCGUGCUUUGGAUGGUCUGGGCCUUCGUCUACUUUGCGAUGUAUUUCUUCUACAUCAGCCGGGCUGUCUACACGCUGCAGAGGCUGCCCCGGCAGGAGCACAAGCUGGCACACCUCACGCUGCGUGUGCGGCUGCUGGUAGUGGCGCACUACACACUGGGCAUGGGUAUGCUCUGGUACGUGCGGGUGCACGGCUGCCGGUCCUAUCUCUACACCUGGUUUGGCGCGCUGCCACUGCAGGUAGUUGAGACUGCUGCGACGAUCACAUGGUCCUUCUUCACCAUGCCAGCCACCCACCUGGAUGAGGAUGCACCAGCCCUGCAGGUGUGGCUCCAAGAGUUUGCCUGGACUGAGCUUGAGAGAGAGGCCAAGAUUGAGCGCAGAAACAGGGACGGGCCUCAGGGGCGCCAGCUGGCAAAGGAGCCCAUGUUCUGCUUCGAGCAAGCCAUCAACUUGCUCUACUGGUCUUCCCUCGUCUACGACACAGAAGAGAGGGAUUUGGGUUUUCUGUCUCUAGAGAGGGCAAUGGGUCUGUACGGGCUGGAGCAUUCAGAGCUGUUCUGGGACAAAGCCCGCGACACCAAACUGCUCAUGGGCUGGAGCGACAACCGGAUUGUGCUGGCCUUCCGAGGCACCGCAUCACUCUCCAACGUCCUCUCAGACGUGCAGGCCUGCAGGGCGGUGCAUCCGCCCAAGAGGGGCCGGUGGGGCGGGAGGCCGCUGGUGCACAUGGGGUUCCUGCGCAGCUGGACGUCUAAUGGCCUGGACAUCCGCGUCAUUUCCAGGAUACAGGAGAUCAUUCAGCGGCCGGGCUUUAAUUUCUCACUGUCACAUAUUAUUAUUAUUACUAUUAUUAUUAUUAUUAUUAUUAUUAUUAUUAUUAUUAUUAUUAUUAUUAUUAUUAUUAUUACACGCUUUUCCUGCCGAAGGCAAGGUCAUUCGUUGGGAGGAGCUCUGGCGCAGCUGGCAGCGCAUGACAUAGCGCUCGCAUGCCAGGACAGCGGGAAGGAUAUACAAGUUGGAUGUUUUACCUACGGGGCGCCCAGAGUGGGCAAUCGUGCAUUCGUGCGCGAGUUCGACACGGAUGCAGUGGCACGGGCGCCCAAGUUUCUGGGUCUCUACAAGCGCGCCGGGCAGCGAGUGCUGAUCAACAAAAAUGGGGACAUGCUCGUGCGGCCGUCAUUCAUUGAGAACUCGGUUCUGCAAGGGCGCUUUGGUGGCAGUGUGGGGGACCACCUUCUCGGCAGCUACCUGCGCAGCUUCCUCGCUAUUCUGCUAGCUCAGUUCAGCGCCAAGGGCUUCCCGGGAGGCAUGGACGGCGUCGUGCGCCUGGCAGAAAAGAGCCCUCCAAUCCAGGAGCUGCUGUUGGAGGGAGCGGGCAUCUCAGUGGAAGACUUGCGCCGCUUCAGCAGAUGGCACGGCCGAGUGAUCAACCCAAAACUCGCCAGCACGACCGCUGCUCAACUGGUGGCUGCCAUGCAAGCCCGCAGGAGGAAGCGCAUGCGGACGGUCAAGGAGGCGGCGACGAAGGCAGCUGAGGGCGUCACGGCUGAGGACGUCAGUGCCAACACAGAGGCAGCUACGGGGUUGGAGGAGGAAGCUGCAUCCUUAUGGCAGCGCAUGAAGCGGCAUCUGCUCGUCUGGAUGGUGGCUGGCCCCACGCGCGAGGAUUUCACGGGGUUUGUCGGCAGCCGCAGCAUGCCCGUGAGUGAGAGUGACGGAUCGGACACCGCCAUCAGCUUGGGCAUGUCUUCUAUGGGUACGGAUGGCAGCAUGGAUGGCAGGAGUGAUGUCUGA